AUUUUGUUUUAUACAACUCAUUGCUGCUCAGCAAAACCAAGCAUCGCAGCCUCCAGACUUUGCACAGCUGUGACAGCCUCGGAGUUGGGCCAAGCAUGUCAAUAACAUAUGAAAACCUCCAUUCCUUGGAAAGUGAGAAGAAAAGCCAGGGGAUUAGAAAUGGGCUGCCUGUGUCCCAGGUCUUCCUACAGCAUCUCUGCUCUGGACCACACCUCUUCCUGCUCUUCCUGGGCCUCAGCCUCCUCCUGCUGGUCGGCAUCUGUGUGGUUGGAUCCAAAGGUUCCAAGAUUCAGAGGGACCUGGAGACUCUGAGAGCAACUUACAGCAACUUCACUUCAAACACUGAGGCAGAGGUCCAGGCACUGCAUGCCCAGGGUGGCUGCUUGCAAGAAACGAUAACAUCUCUGAAAGCGGUGGUAGAAAACCAGGGGCAUCAGCUGCAAGCAGCCCGCAGCUUGAAUGACAAGGUGUUGUCUCUGGAGAGCAAGCUGGAGAAAGAGCAGCAGGAACUCAAAGCAGGCUAUUCUGACAUGGUCGUGCGAGUCCAGGAGCUGGCCAGAGAUCUGAAGUCUGUGAAUACCCAGAAGGCUGAGCUUAAGAGCAAUGGAUCUCAGAGUAUGGGCUGCCCUGUUAACUGGUUGGAGCAUGAAGGCAGCUGCUACUGGUUCUCCAGAACUGGAAAGCCCUGGACAGAGGCUGAGAAGUAUUGCCAGCUGGAGAACUCGCACCUGGUGGUGGUUGGCUCCUGGGAAGAACAGGAAUUUCUCGAGCAACGCACAUAUCCUGAGAACACCUGGAUAGGCCUCCAUGACCAAGACGGUCCCUGGACAUGGGUGGACGGGACAGACUAUGAGAAGGGCUUCCAGUUCUGGAGUCCAUACCAGCCAGACAAUUGGAAUGGACAUAGGAUCGAGGGAGACGAGGACUGUGCCCACGUCACAGGUUGUGGAAGAUGGAACGAUAACAUCUGCACCUGGCCCUUCCACUGGGUCUGUGAGAAAAAGCUGGGCAGGGACAGCUAGAAGCCUCCUCUCCCCUAAUUUACAAUAUUUCCAGAAUGCCUUCACCUGCUGAGGAAACCUGGAUUGUCAAUUCUCCUUUCUGGGUGUCCUGCAUCUUCUCAUGGAUUUUCAUUCAGGAUUUUAAGGGACAACAAGAGGAUGGUGUCUGAGGAAUAUAGAAUGAUGUCUGGUGGGGUGGGUAGAUUGAAACGAUGCUACUUUCUGCAGUCUGGAGGUUAUGAGUGUCCAUUUUAUUUUUAGAGUAAAAAGAAGAGAAAUAUAUGAAACA